GCUUUGUCUCCAGUGGUUUUAGCAGUCUCGGUCCCCUAACGAUGUCAGGACGCGGCAAAACCGGUGGCAAAUCUCGCGCAAAGGCAAAGUCCCGCUCUUCCCGCGCCGGCCUGCAGUUCCCCGUGGGCCGCGUUCACAGGCUGCUCCGCAAGGGCAACUACGCCCAGCGGGUCGGCGCUGGAGCACCCGUCUACCUGGCAGCCGUGCUCGAGUACCUCUCUGCCGAGAUCCUCGAGCUGGCUGGCAAUGCCGUCCGUGACAACAAGAAGACGAGGAUCAUCCCCCGACACCUGCAGCUCGCCGUGCGCAACGACGAGGAGCUGAACAAGCUCAUGGGCGGCGUGACCAUCGCCCAGGGCGGUGUGUUGCCAAACAUCCAGGCCGUGCUGCUGCCCAAGAAGACCUCUCAGGCAAAGAAGUGAACGCGCCGCCGCCUCUACCACCACAACAACGGCUCUUUUCAGAGCCACCCACUUGCUUGCAAAGAGCUCGGACAGUCGUACACAGGGGUUGUGUUAUUAGUAAGGACACCGUCGUCUCGUGGCCCUCGUCCCAAAUUACUCGCAAUUAAACGAAUGCUCUGCUCAUUAUAGAUACCCCUUUUCUCUAAUUUAGGAACGGUGUUUGAGCAGCAUUCCAACAUUGCAUCAAUCAUGAAACAUGGUUUAGAAUAAAUUGAGGGCGUUAGUAUUUUAAGAAAGUAUUGUCUUUUUCAGAAAAAAAACCCGUUCUUUUUGAGCGGUCAGAUUGCAUAGGCUAUUUGACGCCAUCACCUUACAGUACACGCGCACGAAUUGACUGAAGUUUUUUUUCGGAAAUGAGCGAUGGAGGGCUUAAAAGGGACUGGGACGUGUGUUGCUGUGCGUUGGUGCAAUAAAUAAGUGCUUUAACCAUUCUACAACUCCUUCACAAUGAAUAAUUUACUACAGUAUAGAGUUAUAAUUAAUGAUUGACACGUGACAUAAGUAGCCUAGGAUUUCGAGUUUUUUUUGCAUCGUUAUGAACACCUUGGUACUUUUCUCGCCUUCAAACAAAUGAAGAGGAUUCGUAGAAUAGUUGAAACACUGCUUGAAUUCACCAACGCACAGCAACACUCGUUCCAAACCAACCCCUAACACCCGUCCCACAGCCCCCUUUAACCUCUCCGCCCUUGCUCCCAAUACACAUCCACGUCUAGUACGCCUCUGGACCUGGUGACGUCAUUUGCCCUUUAACCCCUGACCCGUCCAGCUUAUUCCCGCGCGUGUGAUUGGUGCGUGUUCCUGAGAGCGGAGAUGUCGUGUCUGCGUGGUGCAUGUGCGUAAGGGUGGCUCGCAGAUCCCUUACACAAUAAAUUCCAUCAACAGAU